CUGCGUCCGCGACUCUGCGAUCGACUCUGCCUCCGACGACGUCCGGCCCUCCGUGCCUUCACGGCUUCACUGCCUUCACCCUUGUGCCUCUCAGUUAUCUGCUUCUGUCUACUCUCGUCUCUCUAGUCUCUCUGAAUUGCUGUGACUACUUAAUUUAUGGUUUUGGUUGCUGCAUUUUGUGUACUGUGGGUGCUGUAUGAGGACGGUCAACAAGUUUAGCUUUGCUCGGGGUUUGGUUUGCGAUUGUGGCGGCUACAUGUUUCUUGGAAGAUUCUAUAAGAUAAGUGGCUCAUUGAGCCAUUUAACUUUGCAACUUCGUCAUUUUUCAGGAACCAAAGAUGUGAACAAGGUGGCCUUGUACCUAGAGAGGGCGAGGCUCAUUGAUUCUAUAAGGCUCAGUCUUCGGUCAGAUUCUGCAGAGUGUCUUUCCUCCCUCCUUAGAAGCCCUGCUUUGGACUCUUUUGUAGUCACGAAUGCUCUUCGUUCAGCGCCUUCUCCUGAUUCUGCACUGUUUUUUAUUGAAUCUCUAAAAGCAAUUCCGCAUUUUUCGCACACUACAAACACCCUUUAUGCAUUGGCUAAGAUUCUUGCCAAAUCAGGGCAGACGGGUAAGCUCAGAGCUCUGAUCAAUGGUAUUAACACGGGCAAGUUCACCAAUGUUGCACGUGUAAGUUAUAUGGACCGUAUGCACUGGUAUGCUGCUGCUGGAGACCUUGAUGAGGUUUAUAAUGUAUGGGAUGAAUGGAGGGGAACCUUGCAGAAGCAUCCGUGUACAGAAUCUUACAACAUUGUGAUUGACCUCUGUGCUAAAAAGGGGAAGGACUCUGAUGCCGUGAGGGUUUUUGAUAGGAUGAUAAAUGAUGGGGCGCUUCCGAAUUCUAGGACAUAUACUGUUAUAAUUGAUCAUCUUGUAAAAUCUGGGAAAUUUGAUUCAGCCACAGAAGUUUUCCGGAUCUUGCCGCAGAUGAGGAUAAAGCGCACAUUGAAGCAGUAUUCUAUCAUGGUGGGAGCAUUCAUUAGCAUUGAUCAAUUAGAUGCUGUCAAAGAUUUGUUUGAUGAAAUGAGGGCUGAUGGAAUAUUGCCUGGUCGAGCUAUGCAAUGGUCAUUGCAGCGAAUGCAGGAGGCAGGUUAUGAUGAAAGUGUUGAUGAAUUGAUCAGAGAAAUGCUUCCAGAUAGGAGGAUUAAGAGUAUUGCAUAUUCCAUGGAUGCUAAUGAGGAUGAUGAGGAGGAGGAGGAGGAAGAAAAUGCUGACUGUGUUUCUGAAGAUGCUGGAGAUCAACUUCAAUUGAAGCCAUGGCUGGACCCUGCUGCUUUGACUAGUGCCUUGCAGCAUUGGGAACCCGAGGAGGUAUCAGCAUUGGAGGAUGCAAAAUUUGUGUGGACAACUCGGUUAGUCUGCAAGAUGAUCAGGAACUUUAACUCUGCAGAAACAGCAUGGCAAUUCUUUUGCUGGGUUGCUUAUCAACCGGGAUUUACUCAUGAUUGUUACACAAUGUCAAGGAUGAUUACCAAGUUGGCUCGUCAUGGCUGUGUCCAUUUAGUUGAUAAACUUUUGUCUAAGAUGGAAAGAGAGGGUUUUAGGUUGUCAUUUAGCACCCUUAGAUUAAUAAUUGAUUUCUAUGGGAUUUCCGGUAAUGGUGAUGCUGCUUUAAAGGUCUUCCACAAUGUAAAAACAAUAUGUGGUCCUAUUUCUAAAAGCAGUCAGUUGAUUCUGUAUUCAUCUCUCUUGAGGACAUUAGCGAAGUGCAAAAGGAAUUCUGAUGUCAUUACAGUACUUGAGGAAAUGAUUCUACUCGGGAUUUCUCCAGAUAGGCAAACAUAUUCUGGAUUGAUGCACCAUUUUGCCCUUCAAGGGGAUAUCAAAACAGUGCAGAGACUCUUUGGAAUGGUUAGGCAGGGUGGGUUGGAGCCCGAUGCUUUUAUGUUUAAGGUUCUCAUCCAUGCUUAUUGCAAGUGUGAGAGGGCUUCUCUUGCACUUAGAAUUUUCGAGGAUAUGUGGAGUUGUGGGCAAUUGCCUGAUGUCACAACCAAAGACUUGCUUGUCAAGAGUCUCUGGAAAGAAGGCAAGCUCAGAGAGGCUGCUGCCGUAGAAGAGCGAAGCGAGGAGCUAAACAAUGCUCUUCCACUUGCUUUACCUGGGCAUAUUUUCACCAUGAACUCUUCAGACCUCAGAAGAGUCUAUGAGAUAUACUCUAAUAGUUUUGCAACAAUGAAUACUUUGGAUAUAUAUAUGGAUCAAGUAUAAGGAGCUAAACUCUUUAUUUCACCAUCUUUUAUGCAUGAGGUGGAGCAAAUAUGCUUACCUAUUGAGCACUGCUUUGAGAUGAUUCAUGCUCAAUCAAGCUAACACAUAGUCAAAAGACGGAGAUUGUUGCAUCAGGUGAAAGGCAACGAAACAAUUUGGUUCACUUACCAUUGAUGCUGUUUGAUGUUCUUUGAAAGAUUUUCUCAUUGUUUGGGUACAAGCCAUUGCAUGAAUAUUCUGUUAUGACAAUCAUGGUUUAUGGACUUAUAUAAUAUGAUGAGAUCAUGCUUAGUGGGACAAGCAGAGCAAUUCUUGGUGAGACCAGAAGUAUGAGUUGAAGAUCAGACAUUGUCUAUAUCAGAUUUCAUUUCAACCAUAGAAGUCUUUGCAUCAGAGGAUGUAUUGGACUAUUGGGUUUAAUUUAUUGGUGAGAAUUGAAUAUGGGGAAUUGUUGAUUGGAGACUAGUUAGUUACAUUAAGCAAGUAGUAAAUUGUAUGAAUAAAAAUUAAUUUUUUUGAGUACUACUGACUCUAUGGAGCUUGAACUCAUGACUUUUCAUUUGGAAGAACCACUUCAUGUCACUAAAGGUUAUUGGUAAAUAAAAUUAAAUUAAUAUCA